GGACAGUCAGAGAGGAGGAAGAGAGAUACAGCAGGAUCUCAGUAGGAUCAACCCAACUCCGGAGAGCUGUUCACUACAGACUGCAGACAGUUACGUAUUUCCCAGCUACCUCUUUCCUCCCUCUCGCUCUCGGUAACCAACAGAAAUGGCAGACGUUGCAACUGCCGCUGAAAAGAAGGCCCCCCCUAAAUUCAAGCAGAGGACUACCCGUACCUUCAAGAGCAAGGCCCCCAAGCCUGGCCAGAAGGGAUUCGGUGACGACAUCCCCGGCAUGGAGGGUCUCGGCACAGACAUCACAGUGGUCUGCCCAUGGGAAGCUUUCGGUGACAUGGAACUCAGUGACCUGGCGAAAUAUGGAAUUGUUUAGACGCCCUACCCCUCCUUCCCUCCCCUCGACCACCCCCUUCACUUCUCUUUCCUUCACUCCCCCUCUCUGGACUCUGUUUUGUUAUGCCAUCUUGUACAAGGCGCUUCCACUUUGACAUCAGCUCGGUGUUUAAGAGCCGGGCGUACUCGGGUGCACUACCGACCCUGAGAGAAAUGGUGAAGUCACACACACAGUGAUACUUGGGAAAUAUGCACAAACCAGCUUUAAACUGAAGACACAUAAUACCAAAGCUCAUCCUGCCACUGUCCUCCUGUAGAAAUCUCACGUAAACAACCAGCUAAGCAAUGUCCGAACAACUGAUGUCAAAUGGCACUCAAGUUAUAUGAAUAAGACAUGUAAUGUAUAAUAGUGAUGUGCAUUCGCUUUCUGCGGUCUGGUAGGUUAAAUAAAUGGUCAUGUCAGUGAAGCUUACUUCGACACUACUACUACAGUUUCACUGGUGCACUUCCUGAGAGAGAAGCUGGACUAAAUUUACAAUGUUAUUAAAGAGGGUUUGAUUAAGCGUU